GCGACUGGCUAUUGGACUGACAUCAUGCACAGCCAAGCAACUGAAAGACCGACGUCCGUUCGAUAUUGGUCUCAAUCGUCAAGGUGCUGUUCGGCAGAAGAAGGAGGAGGUCCACGAGAAGCAAGGCCACAAGUUCGUCACGCAGCAGUUUUACAACAUCAUGCGCUGCGCGCUUUGCGGCGAUUUCCUGAAAUAUGCCGCCGGCAUGCAGUGUGCUGACUGCAAGUACACCUGCCAUAAGAAGUGCUAUCCCAAGGUCGUCACCAAGUGUAUCAGCAAAGCCAACUAUGAGACGGACCCGGACGAAGAGAAGAUCAACCACCGGAUUCCGCACCGUUUCGAGGGUUUCUCCAACCUUUCAGCCAACUGGUGUUGCCACUGUGGAUACUUGCUGCCUUUCGGACGCAAGAACGCAAAACGCUGUACAGAGUGUGGUCUCACGAGUCACGCCCACUGUACUCAUCUCGUGCCCGACUUCUGUGGCAUGUCCAUGGAAGCAGCUAACCAGAUCUUGGAAACUCUUAUUCGGGCAAAGGUUCAUAAUAAGUCUCCAUCGGUCAGCUCUACCAGCCGCCUGAGCGACCGCACCUUGCGCGCUCCUCAGACUCCGCAGGACCAUACAUCCAUGGCCUACCCGUCAAAGCCUGUCGAGCAGUACGAGCCAGCACGGCCCGCCGCUCGGGAUGCCGUGAGCGCUGCGUCUAUGUCAUAUAAGCCUCCGCAGUCUCCAACUACCCCUCAAGCAUCUCAGACAUCUCCCAGAACCUCGGCUUCGGCCGAUCUCGCAAGCCAUGCCGCCGCAGCUGCGGCAAAUACUCGUCCUCCCCAGGCGAUGCCAGAACCAAGCCGCCCUGUGCAGCCCCAGCCACCCCAGCAUGCUCGCUAUGAUCCUUCGGCUUAUCCCAUGUUUGAAGGAGGAGGCGUGCCACAUCAGCAGAUGCAGAAUGUCGGUGCCCCUGGUCCGUAUGGCGUUCAGCAGCAGCAGCAGCAGCAGCCGCCGCCACCGCAACAGAGUAUGGCAGUGGCACAAAAGCAAGCACCUGAGGCGCCUCAGCAACAACCGAAGGUCAGAAUCGGACUGGAUCAUUUCAACUUCCUGGCGGUUUUGGGUAAGGGUAACUUUGGUAAGGUCAUGCUGGCGGAGACCAAGAGCACAAAGAAGCUUUAUGCGAUCAAGGUCCUGAAGAAGGAGUUCAUCAUCGAGAAUGAUGAAGUCGAAAGCACCAAGUCUGAAAAGCGGGUCUUCUUGAUCGCCAACAAAGAGCGUCACCCCUUCCUCCUUAACCUCCACGCCUGUUUCCAGACCGAGACGCGCGUGUACUUCGUUAUGGAAUAUAUCAGUGGUGGUGAUCUGAUGCUCCACAUUCAGCGCGGCCAGUUUGGUCUCAAGCGAGCACAGUUCUAUGCUUCCGAGGUUUUGCUCGCGCUGAAGUAUUUCCACGAGAAUGGUGUCAUCUAUCGUGACUUGAAGCUUGAUAACAUUCUUUUGACUCUGGAUGGCCAUAUCAAGAUUGCGGAUUACGGUCUCUGCAAGGAAAACAUGUGGUAUGGUGCAACAACCAGCACCUUCUGUGGUACGCCCGAAUUUAUGGCACCCGAGAUUCUCCUGGAUAAGAAGUACGGACGUGCUGUCGAUUGGUGGGCAUUCGGUGUCCUUAUCUACCAGAUGCUUCUUCAGCAAUCCCCCUUCCGUGGUGAGGAUGAGGACGAAAUCUAUGACGCCAUUCUCGCCGACGAGCCGCUGUAUCCCAUCCACAUGCCCCGCGACUCGGUCUCUAUCCUGCAGAAACUGCUUACUCGUGAGCCCGAGCUGAGAUUGGGCUCGGGUCCUACCGAUGCCCAAGAAGUCAUGUCCCAUGCAUUCUUCAGGAACGUCAACUGGGAUGAUAUCUACCACAAGCGUGUGCCACCACCCUUCAUGCCCACCAUCACCAGCCCGACAGAUACCAGCAACUUCGAUCAGGAAUUCACAAGUGUGACUCCUGUCCUGACGCCUGUGCAGUCCGGUAAGGCACCAAUCCAGUAUGCAAGGUUAUUUCACAGCAGGCUAACACCGCUUCUUAGUCCUUUCUCAAGCUAUGCAGGAAGAGUUCCGCGGCUUCUCCUACACUGCCGACUUCGCAUAAACAUUCUCCGCGUAACCUCUCGACCGCCUGUGCUGAUUGCGCGUUUGUCUUGUCUCUACUUUGGCCUGAUGUGUUUCUCGGAUUCUUGAUGUUGCCGGUCUUUGGGCACCGUUUGCGCCGGUGUCUUUCACAUACCCAUAAGUGUUUUGAGUGCCAGUGUAAGCGUGGUGAUAGCUUUUGUGAAUGCAGAUGGAUUGAUGGCUUCGACGGUGUUUUAUUCUACGACAUUAUAUUUUGUCUCCGCAACCCAAGGCCUUUGGUUGUCUUCUAAUUUCUGUUUCUUUGUGGGGGUAAUUGACGUGCUCGGAAUAUAACUCUGCUCCAGGGACUAUCUCUUCUCAUGAUUAUUGCGGUAUAUUUUGUGGCACGGUCACUCGAAGGAUGCUGCACUUGUGUUAAAAUGGUUUAUUGAGGAUAGAAGCUGUGUUGCGCCGGUUGACACAAGUAUAAUCUUACUUCACCUUCCUGUCGCUCAAG